UCCCAUUUAUACAACUACAUAACUUUUAUAGAUGCAUAUUGUAUUUAAUGUGAAAAGACGAUCCCGUGUGAGGAGAAAAUCGUAGCGUCUUAUUUUGUCAUCUAACAAAAAUAGUACUCCAUCCCUCCAUUAAUCAUACUAACUAUUCAUUUUUGUCAAGCAUGAAUAAUUAUCUUAUUUAUUCUUCUAUAAUAUUUGAUAAUGGUUGCAUAUUUCGCGUACUUUAUUUCACUAACUUUUUAAUCCAUUUUUUAUAAUAAUAUUUCUUGAAAUUAGAAUUGGAAAUGCUUCCUUUAACCACACUUUUUAUAUAAUACUACUACUACUGCCAACCCAAUCAAACCUAUCUCACUAUUUUCACUUCACACAAACCAUGGGCAACACUUUUGGAGGCAAAAGAAGCGUCAAAAUAAUGAGCAUCAGCGGCGAAACGUUCAAGCUCAAGACUCCGGUCCAGGCCGGUUCAGUCCUCCAGAACCACCCGGGCCACAUGCUGCUCGCCUCGGAGGCAGUCGUGCAUUUCGGCGCCCGCGCCAAGCCGCUCGAACCGCACCACGAGCUCAAGCCGAGGCGCCUCUACUUCCUGGUCGAGCAGCCGAAGCUUCCAGCCGGCCGCGGCGCCGGUAUGAGGCGAAGGAUGCGGUCGGGGGUCCACAUGACCGCCAAGGACCGCCUCGAGAGCUUGAUGCUGUCGCGAAGAUCGGCCUCCGAUAUAUCCGCCGUGAGAUCGGCCGGAGUUAAGGUGAGGCUGCGGUUGCCGAAGGCGGAGGUGGAGAAGCUCAUAGCAGAGAGUAAGGAUGGAGCUGACGUGGCGGAGAAAAUUGUUGGUCUCUUCAUGAGCGGCGGCGACGUUCAUUGUGGUGGUGGCGAUCGUGGAUUGGCGAGACAAGGCACCAACAAAUCGCAUCAGAAGCGCGUUGGAUUUUCGGUAAUCGAGGAAGGAGAAAUCCAGCCUGCUGUGGAUUCUUAGUUUAUAAUUUGGAUAACCGAAAUUAAGAGCAAAAUAGAGUACUUUCUCUCCCAAUUCUCAGUGAUGUAUAUGUUUAUUCCGGUGGAUUGGUUGGCUAAAGCUUAGAGACUUAGACUAGUAAACUACAAACAAUUUUUGUAUGAAGUAAUUGCACUUUCGUGACCCUGUAAUUGUGUUUUAUUCUCUAUAUUAUUCAAGAAAGAACAUACAUAUCUUAAAA